GAGAGGAGGCUGCAGCUCAUUCAUAAUGUGCUACACCCAGUGGGACACACAACCACACAAGUGUUGUGACAUUGUCGUGUCCUUGGUUGUGAUUGCAGAUGACCCAGAGAGCUUCAGGCAGGUGGAUGGUACCCCUCUAACGGCUGAAGACAUCGUCCAGAAGAUCGCUACUAAGAUAUAUGAGGAGGACGACAGAGGUGUAUUUGACAGGAUCGUCUCCAAGCUGCUCAGACUGGGCCUGAUUACAGACAGCCAGGCAGACAGUCUGGAGUACGAGGUAGCCGAGGCUCUUCAGGACCUCAUCACUAAGAACGCAAAGAACAAUGAGAUCGAGGACCUGGGAGAGGACUAUCCCGUGACCCGGGGUGACCAGGAUGACCAGAAUCCCGACGCUAGCAUGGAUGUUACUGGUUCCCCCAACCGUCGGUACGAUGAAGAAGAUGAUGAUGAAGAUCAGGCGGCCAUUGAUGACGACGUGGACAGAGGAGAGGGGGAUGACACAGUGGAUAACACCUGGGAUAGAGAGAGUGAGGGAGAAGGGGAGGAGGAGGAGAGGAGUGAGGGAGUGAGAGAUGAGGGAAACGAGUUGAGCCCAGAGGAUGGUCUUCAGGACCUUCAGUACUUCCCCAACUUCUACCGUCUGCUAAAGAGUCUAGACUCAGAGCAAGACGCCCAGGAGAGAGAGACUCUGAUCACUAUCAUGAAGACUCUGAUUGACUUUGUCAAGAUGAUGGUGAAAUAUGGAACCAUCACACCUGAAGAGGGAGUCUCCUACCUUGAAAACCUGGAUGCUAUGAUCGCUCUGCAGACCAAGAAUAAGCUGGGGAAAACACUGGGGAUCCCUGGCAUCAUCCCUCCUACAGGGAAGACCCCAGAGGACGAUGACAACACCAAGGCAGAGGCGGCCAAGAUGCAGAAGGAAUAUGAGAACCUGAAAGACUCAACCAAGGAAGAAGCGCCGUCCACUGAGACCAGAGAUCACCCAGGCAAGUCUGAGAUCUACUUGGAAGCCAUCAGGAAGAACAUUGAGUGGCUGAAGAAACACAACAAAGAUGAGGGCAGAGACGAUUACGACCUGUCCAAAUUGAGGGACUUCAUGGACCAACAAGUGGACUCCUACAUUGACAAGGGCAUCAUCGAAAAGGGUGAGGGAGAGACCAUCAAGAGGAUCUACGGCAGCCUGUAACCUUAAACCAACCUUAAGAUAACCAACAACCAACCUUCAAACACCUACGACCAACCUUCAAAAAACCCACUGGAAAUGUAUGACGAUUGAUAAAACUAUGAAUAGGGCCUAGAGUUGUUCCUGUUCUGGAAACAUGGUUUGGAAAAACUCCUGGCUUUACGACUCACUCACAAUGAGCAGAAUCCAAACUUGACAUGAUGAUCCCUGAAAGUAACUGACUGAUUUUGGUGUGAAUUCUUACCUUGAUGUCAGUGGGAGUUUGGUGUGAAAGUUUGAGUAAAGCGAGUGGAUCUCAAGUUAGGAUUCGGCCUCUAUGAGAUGAAAGGUAUGACCUUUAUGUAUUAAAAAUAAACCAUUUAGGCAAAAACAUAUUGUAUUUGACAUUUCCAGAAAGCUGGAAUGCAAUAAUGGUAAUAUUAUCACUGAAAGUAUAUAUUCAACUAUACAGCUAGAAAACAAUCAGCAAUAGUCAGAUGUCACUGAAUGGCACUGACUCGAUUGGGAAGGGGAAAUUCAAUAGUCAGAUGUCACUGAAUGGCACUGACUCGAUUGGGAAGGGGAAAUUCAAUAGUCAGAUGUCACUGAAUGGCACUGACUCGAUUGGGAAGGGGAAAUUCAAUAGUCAGAUGUCACUGAAUGGCACUGACUCGAUUGGGAAGGGGAAAUUCAAUAGUC